CUUCUCACUUUCCUCUCUAAUUCGCCGCCGAUCUUUCUUCGAAUCCCCCUUCUUCACCGGAAUUUUGAUUUCUCGCACUGAAAUUUCGACUUUUCAUCUCCUAUCGACGAAACCCUAAUUUUUCAGUCAGAAAUCGAACUUGACGACGAUGUUAAUGGCGAAUUCCGACGUAUCUUCGUCGAUAAUUCCCAACUCGAUCAAAACCCUAGAUGAGAACGAGUCGAUUGAAGCACAUGUUGUUAAUGUACAGUCAUUGGCUCUUUCGUCUCCAAAUCGAGAUCGCGGCGAUGAUAAUAAUAAUCAUGAUUCGCUCUCAAUUCCGCCUCCGAUCUAUGAUGGUUACACCUCUUCUUCGUCUGACGAAACCCAAUCCGUUCAUUCUCCGAUCAAUUUGGAUCACGAUGAGUUCAGCAAUUUUCCAGAGUCUCAGACUCGAAUUGAGACUACUUCUCAAGCACUAGACGAUAUCGACGAUGAUCUCUGGGAUGCGUGUCCGUCUGAUGAUCUCCGAGAGGCUCACAGACCUUGGACUCCCAAUGUUUCGCCUGGUUUUGGAAGCGAUGAUGAUGAUGACAACUCUAAAACCGAAUCUCCUCGCAAAUCCUUGUUUGGAUUCCCGCAAGAACUUGAGCCCGUGACUGGUGUUGGUGCUGGACUUUGGAAUCUAGGCAACACUUGUUUCCUUAAUUCGGUGUUUCAAUGCUUCACUCAUACUGUGCCACUUAUCGAGAGCCUUCGUUCUUACAAAUAUGAAGUUCCCUGUCACUGUGGCAAUGAGUUCUUCUGUGUUAUAAGGGCUCUUCGAUAUCACAUUGAGGCUGCAUUGAGGCCUGAGAGAUGUCCAAUUGCUCCUUAUUAUUUUCUUAACAAUCUUAAUUAUUUUUCGCCUGACUUCCAGCGUUAUCAACAAGAAGACGCUCAUGAGUUUCUGCAAGCAUUUUUGGAGAAGUUGGAGAGGUGUGGUUCGGAUAGAAGAAGUUUUCAUGGCAAUAUCUCUUCUCAAGAUGUCUUUGCCGGUCGUCUCAUCAGUGGACUCCGUUGCUGCAAGUGCAACUCUGUCUCCGAGACAUUUGAAAAGUCUGUUGGGUUGAGUUUGGAAAUUGAAGAUGUGGAUACCCUUGGGAGUGCACUUGAAUCCUUUACCCGUGUGGAGAAACUUGAUGAGCAAUUGACAUGUGAUACUUGUAAUGAAAAAGUUUCAAAGGAGAAGCAAAUGUUGCUUGAUAAGCUCCCUUUGGUUGCUACUUUCCAUCUGAAGAGAUUCAAGACUAAUGGAUUUUUUAUGGAGAAGAUCUUUAAGCAUGUCAAGUUCCCAUUAGAGAUAGACUUGCAGCCAUAUAUGAGGAAUAGCCAGGAAAACGAAGUUUCUACAAAAUACCAUCUUUAUGCACUUGUGGAACAUUUUGGGUAUUCAGUAGCUUAUGGACAUUACUCCUCCUAUGUGAGAUCCGCUCCUAAGAUAUGGCAUCACUUUGAUGACUCGAAGGUCACUAGAAUCGAUGAAGAUAGGGUGCUAUCACAGGAUUCAUAUAUUCUUUUUUAUGCACGGGAAGGAACUCCCUGGUUUUCUAGUGCCUAUGAAGAGUUGCAGCCAUUGCUUGAAGCGAGUUUACUAAAUUCUUCCCCAAAGUCUGUGCUUGAUUCUUCUACUAACGGGGAGUGUUUAUCAGAGAUCAGUUAUGAGAAUGGCGAUAAAUCAAGCAAACCCUGCGAUUCUGCUGGAGUGUCUAACGAACAUGUCAAGACAAAAGAAGAUUUUGUUUCCCUCUCUAAUGAGCUAACCGAAGAUGUGUUUCUAUCAGCAGAGUCUUCUAGUGGUGAGGAUUCUACUAUGGGAGAGCUUUUGGACCCGCUUGAGACUGUUGAUUCUUACAGUCCAUGCACUGAGAAUGAACCAGAUUCUUGUUUAGCCAUUGAAAGAGCAACCACUGUUGAUGAUUUUUUUCCUCUGCUCCUGGAUCAAAAUCAAGAGUUGUCGUCGUCUCCAAAACAGCAAGAAGGAACUUAUCAAAUUCAGCUCUCGCAAAUCGAAGAAAUCGCAAAGAGCCAAGAACCUUGGAAGCAGCCAUUAUCAUCAAUAAGCAACAUUGCAGAUUCCAUGGAAGCAGAAUUUGUGAAUGGAGACCUCAUGAAGAAACCUUCACCUCGGGCUAGAGAGUUGUUGGAUCAAGCCAUUUCUACAACUGGUUCUCCACCCAAAAAGUUAAAAACAACAUGAAAUUUGAAAAUGUUGCCGCAUCUGGACACAGAGAGGUAUAUUGUCGACUUUCUUGUCGACUUUCUUGAUCGCUUAUUAGCUACAAACUUCUUCUUCUAGGUGUUAUAAUUGACUUUGAUUAGACUAAAUCAGGCUUUAAUCGUUUUUGGUUUCGUGCAUACUAGUAGUUCUGGUGUUUUUGACUUGGUUUUAUUGAUGAGAAGUAAGGAUUAAGAAUCUAAUAAAGCUUUAGAUUCUGU